AUGGAUGAUGAAUUGCUUGUUAAUGGUCUCAUUGACGUCACUGUGAAAGCGAAGCAGGUGUGCCCCACCAAACUGCUCGUUUUCGACCUUGGAACCGACCAGCUCGUCGCCAGGUACGACUUUCCCGAGGAGUUCGUCAAACAGGACAGCCUCUAUUCGAACAUCCUCGUGGACGUGAGAGGGAACGAUUGCUUGAACGUUCACGCAUACUUGACGGACGUUUGGAGGUUUGGCUUGGUGGUGUUCAGCCUGAAGACAAUGCGGGGUUGGAGGGUCAAGAAUGUGGAAUUCGAGUGGACAGAUGGUAUAUUUGGAUUGGCCCUUAGUCCCUACAGCAAUUACAAUCCAGACAGGACUUUAUUUUUCCACCCGAUGUCGAGUUUCAGAGAAUUCACCGUGAAAACUUCAGUUAUUUGUAAUGAGACUGGAUGGUCCGACGUAAAGGAUGCAUUCAAAGUGAUCGGACAGAGCAGAGGGAAAAAUGGACAAGUUUCGGCUUCUCGGAUUGAUAGAAACGGCAUCAUGUUCUUCAACUUGGUAACAAGAGACUCAGUCGGCUGUUGGGAUACAAGGAAACCGUAUAAAAGAUCCAACUUGGGAGUUGUAGCUGAAAAUGCCGAAACGCUGGUUUUCCCCAACGAUCUCAAAGUCGACCAUGAACAGAGGCAAAGCGUAUGGGUGAUAUCCAACAAAUUGCCUCUUUAUUUAUACGAGGGACUGGAUGAGAAUCAGGUCAACUUCAGGAUAAUGUCGGCAUUCGUGGACGAGGCAGUGAAGAAUACUAUUUGUGACCCAAAUGCCAGUGACUACGAUACCUAUCAAGAAUUCAGUGAUGACGAAGAUUGUUAUUAAUAUGCCCUUUGAAGGAAUAUUGGGUCAAUUGAAUUGUCAAUAUAACCAAAAUAUAUUUAUGUACCUACAUCUGAAGUAAACCAUAUUUGAAUUUGA